GAGUUUAAGACAGAGACAAACAAAAGACGAGAGAUGGCUAACAGAAAAAACAAGGCUGGGAAGCUCUUCAUGUCGGGCUCCACACUGUUGUAUAUGGCUGCCGUGUGCAGUGCUGUCCCAGUCGGUGACCUGCUGGACCGAGCCUCUCAGGGCUCUGACACGCUGCACUCCCUCAGCACCAUACUUUCACACGAGCUGCAGGACUCUCAUUUCCCGCCUAUAGGCCGGGUGAUCAUGCCGCGCCCCUCAAUGUGCCACACAUCGUCCCUGCAGACGCCCAACGAUAAGGAGCAAGCCCUUCAAGUAUCCGAGUCAGAUCUGCUCUCAUUGGCUCGUUCCCUUCUCAAGGCCUGGAAAGACCCCCUGGUGGUCCUCUCCAACUCUGCUAACGACCUUCCCCACCCAGCCCACAACAGCAUAUCCAACAAGAUCCAGCAGCUUCAGGAGCACUCCAAGAGUCUGGGAGACGGCCUGGAUAUUCUCUCUGGCAAGAUGGGUCCAGGGGCUCAGAGCAUCUCCUUUCUGCCCUACAGAGGAGGCAAUGACAUCGGCCAAGACAAGAUAACCAAACUUACCAACUUUCAUUUCCUGUUGUCCUGUUUCCGCCGGGACUCCCACAAGAUCGAUAGCUUCCUGAAAGUCCUGCGCUGCCGGGCCGCCAACAUGUGCUAAAGGUUGAGACAGGUUGCUUGACUCUAAGGGUCGUAUUUUCUCAACGCUUCUAUUGCCUACAGAUUAGCAUGUUUUACAUUUAUGUUUUCUUUGGCAAACAUUAUCAUUUCAAAGUGUUUGCCAUUAUGGGCUUGCAGAAGGGAAAAAUAAGUUGGAGUUGCACAGGAAUCGUUGACUUUUGAAACAACUUUUGGCCACCAAACAUUGACCUCACAGAUCAAAUUCACAUUCACCAUCAUGGUAAAUACUGUAUUGAGCAGUGUAAGACAUUUUUAGAAAGGGACAGCAGCAGCCAUGUUAGCCUAAAGAUUUAUUCUGUAAUUCAGUCUUGCUAAUAAUGGCUUGUUAACUUCCUUUAGAAGAAUCAAACAUUCCCCCAGAUGUUUCCAGCUGGUCUGGCAUUAUGAAGUGAAUUUAUUUUGGGCCAUAAAUUUAGUAAAUAUUUGUUUUUGCCCUAUACACAAUCCGAUGACAGACUGCAGCAUUUGCACUUUAGAUUUUAUUACGCUUUCUUGAAAGCAUUUUAAAGUGAUGGCUUUAUAAUGCAAUAGUUCUAUAAGUUGUAUGCCUAUUAAAAAACAUCUCUUGCAAAUACA